AUGACAAAAGAAAUAUAUCAUGAGAGAUACAAACAGUUAUUCAACACAAAUGUUCGAGAUCAACAUCCAAUUGCUCUAUUGGAUAGCAAAGAAGAGAAAGAACAAGUAAAACUAAAAGAUAGUAGCUCACCUGAAAUUAUUGCUUAUGUAUUAUUUAAAGAACUCUUAAUACAUUCUUUGUAUAUCGCUGCUCGAAUGGGAGCGUUAGAUCUCAUUGAAUUGGUAUACAAUAUGUUUCCAGAAGAAUUUCAAAUAUGGAGUGCUUUUGAUGUUGGAACUGUGGGGUUUAAUGGAAGAAUUCGUAGAAAACAACAACGUCAUUUGAUGGAUUUGGCAGCAGAAUACGGACAAUUGGAUAUUUUAAAAACAUUAAGACUAUCAUCAGAUAGCAGUAUAUUGGUUGCAUGCUGUGGAGAUCUUGAAAUGCUCAAGUUGUUAUUCAAAGAAAGACCUGACCAAGUUGAUUUAAACAUGUUGAUAGAUUCAGUCACUGAAAUCUUUAUAAUCUAUGUUCAUUGA